AUGGAGACUCCCAGUAACACCACAGGGGUGGACUUCAUUCUUCUUGGGCUCUUCAGCCACACACAAGCCCACUCCUUCCUGUUUUCUGUUGUGUUAGUAAUCUUCAUCGCCUCCCUGAUGGGCAACACCCUCAUGAUCCUUCUCAUCUGCAGGGACCCCAGGCUCCACACGCCCAUGUACUUCCUUCUCAGCCAACUCUCCCUCAUGGACAUGAUGCUAGUCUCCACCAUCAUCCCCAAGAUGGCAGCCAACUACUUGAUGAGCAUGAGGUCCAUCUCCCCUGCAGGCUGUGGCUCCCAGAUCUUCCUGUUCCUCACCUUGGCAGGGGGCGAGUGCUUCCUCCUGGCGGCCAUGUCCUAUGACCGCUACGUGGCUAUCUGUCAGCCCCUGCGCUAUCAUGUCCUCAUGAGCUCCAAGCUGUGCGUGCACCUGACCUUGGGCUCCUGGCUCCUGGGAGCCGCUGACGGGUUGAUGCAGGCGGGCACUAUCCUGAGUUUCCCUUUCUGCGGCUCUCGAACCAUCAACCACUUCUUCUGUGAGGCGCCUUCCCUGGUGCGCCUUGCCUGUGCUGACACCAAAGUCUUUGAGUUCUUCAUGUACAUCUGCUGCAUCCUGAUGCUCCUGAUCCCGCUGUCCCUCAUCCUGGCUUCCUACUCGCUCAUCCUGGUCGCGGUGCUCCGCAUGCGAUCCUCAGCAGCCCGGAAGAAGGCCUUUACCACCUGCUCUUCACACCUGACUGUGGUGGGGCUGUUCUACGGGGCUAUCAUGUUCAUCUACAUGAGGCCCAAGUCCCAGCAGCCAGGGGCGCGCGACAAGGUGGUGUCUGCCUUCUACACCAUCUUCACGCCAGUGCUGAACCCCCUCAUAUACAGUGUGAGGAACAAGGAGGUCAAGAGAGCCUUGAGGAAGUGUCUGCAGAAGACGCUGUGAUAAACGUGCAGGGGGACGUUCACCAAAACAGCUCUACUCAAGUUCGGCACACCUCCCUCACAGACUCAGCUGAUCUAGUCCACUGAACUCACUCUUUUGUGCUCUAUUAACUUAUUUGAUGCUCAUUUGUUGUUUUAUAUUCUUUUACCAAGGGUUUGGAA